AUGGAUAAUUUUUUAAUAAAGCUUAAGCAAAUAUCAGAACAAUAUAACAAUCUGUUAUUGGAAAAAAAAAUAAUAGACAAAAGAAUUGCAAAUGUAGAAGAAAAUAUAAAUAAAUAUGAAGAGGUAAAACAGAAAUCCAUAAAAGAGGUUGAACUAAAGAAAAAUCAAUUAUUAAAAAAUAAAAAUAAGCAUUUAAUAAAAUGCCAAAAAAUGGAAGAACUAAACAAUAAACUUAAUGAAAUAUUAAUACGAAAACAAAGUAUAGAUGAUGAAGAAGAAAAAAAAAUUAUAAUAAAACAAAUCGAUACUAUUAAUAACACAUAUAAUUUAUUAAAAAAUGUACAAAAAUUAAAUGAUGCUAUAGUUAAAGAAGAUAAUAAUUAUUAUAAACUAAUUAGCAAACAAAUUAAUAAUAAUGGUUUUAGUAAUAAAAAAAUAUUAAAUAUGUUAAACUGUUUCAUAAUCAAAAGUAGGAUAAAUAUACAUGAAAAGGACUGUGAUGAAAAUAGUUCAUUAAAUAAGAUUGGAAAUCCUGUUUCGAGUGUGGAUACUAAUUCGAGUAGAUCCAUUCCUACAAAAGCCUCUACAACCAAUUUCAAAACAAUUCAAACUAAUGAAAUAAUUAAAAAAUUGAUAUACUUAUUUUCGAACAACUAUGAAACAUUUCCUUUAGAAAAACAGCAAUUCUUAUUUGUUCUAUUAAUGAAUAUUUUAAAACAUGUUAUUUAUCAAAAAGAAAAAAUUGUUAUACAUGAUAAUGACAAAGACAAAUCAAACCAAGUCAUUCAUAAUUUUUUAUAUCACAAUUAUAUAUUAUUGUAA